CAAGAGAUUACCAGGUAAACAGAGAAGGCAACACACGCUGUCCCUGAGAUUAGUUUCCUCUCACGCACUUUUGGCAGAAGACCCAGGGAAAACCAGGCCGUCUGCAUUGCUCUGCACUCUGCUCUGGGGUGACAGGAUGCUUGGCUGGAUCGAGAGGGUGGUACCUCAGCCUCCUGGCACCCCUCACCAGGCAGCCCUAGUGGAGAAGGGGGAGAGAAAAGCAGAGCCCAGGGCGAUCGAUGGAGCAGCCAGGCCUGGCGAGGCAGAGCAGCUGCCCAAAGGGAACCUCACAUGUCCUGGGGAAUCUCCCGCCUGCGGUCAGACAGCAGGGGCAGGGAAGAAAGUGUCGUUCGUCACAACCCAAGAUCCGGGCCCAUCAUCCGUGUCUUCCACUGAGAGCGCCGGACGGGGGGUUCUUUCGUGGCUCUCCCAGGAGCUGGGCAAGGUCAUCCCUCAGCCAGCCCCGAAUCCAAGGAGGCUGGAGACCGUCAGAAAGAGCUUCGAGAACAGUCUGGACUUCCCUGACCAGACAGAAGUCCAGAGCAUAAAGGAAGAUGAGGACCAACUAGAGAUAACUACGCUUGCUCCAGAGGAAGAUGAGAUGCAGGAUCAUAGCGAGUUGCAUUCCAGCUCAGAUAACAAUAAUAAUGCCUCAGAAAAAGGGGCUGGAACCGGGGUGAUCAGCUGGCUGGUACAGGAGUUUGGAAAAAUGAUCCCGCAGCCGGGGAACGGGACCAAGCUUGAGGAGGCGCAGGAGGGCAAGUCUGAAGAGGCUGGCGUCAGAGAAGAACGCAAAGUGAGUGAGAGCCAGGCUGCACUCAAGGGAAGCUCGCGAGCCAGUCCCAGCGUAUCCAGAACCUCGGAGCAGGCCUCUACGGACGGCUUGUCGGGACCUGGAGCCUUUCUCUUUCCUCGGACACUCGGUGGCGACGGUGGCAGGGUGUUCAAGUGGUUUGCUCAGGGCCUGGAGAAGGUGGUUCCGCAGCCUCUCACCAGCGUGGGCCAAGAUGCUCCGGCUGCAGAAGCUGCAACCUUGUGUGCAGUGGAGGAGAGGGGGUAAGGGACUUAGAGCCUCUGAAACAAAGGGAAAAUGAAGACUUUGGAGAACUGCCCUUGCACAAAAUAUAAUGAAACCAGCCUGAAGAGCAAAUACUACGGGGUAGAGAGAGAGGGAGAAAGAUAUUUCUGCAAGUUCUUUCCUACUCACUCCGCACUUCCUCGAGCUGUACCAUGAACAAAACUAAAGGCUGAGCUGGUUUAAUUGCAAUCAAUGAGGAAAUAGAGCUUCAUGUUCCUGCAGAGAGAAAUCCGAUGCUCCCGCCGCAAGAUAUAGAUAUGUUAUGUUUGGUAAAAGGGAGAGGAGAGUCUUCCUUACUUUUUCUGCUUCUGGAGUCUUCAGAAUGCAGCCAGGUGUCAGGUCCACGCGGCUGUACAAUCACUGCCCAUGAAAUAUCCCUCUCGUGUGCCCUUCCAAAAAGGGGGCUUCCUAUUUUCUUCUCUUUCCACCACUUCUGACACCACAACAUGUUUUAAAGAGCCACAACAUACCAAAUAUCGAGCACGGAGAACGCCAGCUGCUGGCAGCUCUGGUCUCUGAAGUGAGCUUUCUUCCGCAGGGACUUAUCCUGAUUCAAUAACUGCUUGUAACUUCUCUCUGGAAACUCGUAUUCUCGCUCUUCCACUACAGGGCUGUUCUGCUUUAGCAACUAGGUGUGUGUGAGAGACCCAGAAUAGCAAAUGUUAUCACACUAAGCUAGGGGGACAGGGAGAUACGCUGGAGGACAGGGAGAGGGUCCAGAGUGACCAAGACAGAUUAGAGGAUUGGGCCAAAAGAAAUUUGAUGAGGUUCAAC